AUGGGGAAUUAGGCUUUAUGUUAACAUGAUAGAACUGAAUCAAUGUUGAAAGCUGAGUAUUAGAUUAGAUAAAGAAAAGUUACUUAAGUCAAUGAGGCAGUUAAACUUGACUUAGAAUAAGAACAUAAACAAUCAUUAAUACCUACUAUAUAUUAGAAUGAAUAAUAAUAGACAUCAUGUCUUCAUGAUUGGUUAGAGAGUCUACAUGAAUCUGUAUUGAUAACUUAAAUAAAUUUAAAUUGUGAUGCAUCUACUAAAUUCUUGUCUGAAAUUGAUGAAGAGGAGGAGAUUGAUUAAACUAAAUAAUCACUCAUUGAUACAUAAGAAAUAUUCGAAUAUAAAAAGAGCUAUCCUUAUUGUAAUUCAAAUUUAGACAUGGUAAUCAUAAAUUUCUACAUCUUAAAAAAAAAUGAAUUCAAGUAAAAAUAACCCUUAAACAAGAAUUAAAUUAAUAAUGGGGCCUCCUAAAUAACGUAUUAGAUGGUCUUGUUGGUAAUUGAUGGCUUAUACUCCUAAAUUCCAUAUAUAAUCAGAUGGACUAUCUUUUGUAGAAUAAGAUUAGAAAUAUGCUAAAGCAAUAAGAAAAGAUAUACAUAGAACUGUAACAUCUAAUGAAAUUAAAUAUUUUGAAACCGGAGAAGGUUAAAAAGAUUUAGAAUGGGUUUUGUUAAAAUUAUCAAAGUUAUUUCCAAAACUUGGUUAUUGUUAAGGUAUGAAUUUCUUAGUUGGAUUCACUUUAAUUAUAAAUAAUAAAUAGACAGAUCAAAGUUUAUAAUUAUUAGCAUAAAUGAUGGUAAAUCCUAAAUAUUUACUUUAUUACAUUUAUUCAGAUGAAAUGCCAUUAGUAAAAUUAUUAGAAUUUAUUUGCAUAAAUGAAAUAAAAAUGAAAAUUCCUGAUUUAUUCAAUCAUAUUUAUCUUAAGUUGGAAGUCUAAAAUGAAAUAUGGAUUACUAAAUUAAUAAUGACACUGUUUUUAUAUAAUUUUCAUAUAAAUAAUGUAUGUAGAUUUUGGGAUUAUUUAUUGGCUACUAGUAUUUUUGAUAUUUCAGAUAUCAUUUGUUCUUUAAUUGAUCUAAAUAGAUAUGAAAUAUUAAAUAUGGAAGAUUUGCAUUAAUUUAUUUAAUGGUUUGAUUCUUAUCAAAAAAAGGAAUUAGAUAAUUUAUAAAUAGAUAAAUUAAUUUAAAAUUGCAAUUAAUUUAAAUAAAAGAAGAAUAAGAUAAAUUAGUAUGCUCUUCAUUUUUGUAUUUUGCAUCCAAUGAGACAUCCUUUAAUAUAAUAAAUUGCUGAAAAUUAUGAAAACUUAACUAAAAUGAAAGAAUUCAUAAAAAAAGACAUUUUUAGUUGUUGA